AUGGCGGACGGAAACGAAGCUCAGGGGCUGAUGAUGGAGAAGGAGGAGGAUUGGGACGACAGUCCUAUGGUCUCUGCACCAGAAUCGCCGAUUGAUGGAAGAAUAGAGAUGGCUGUAGAGUUGCCUACCCAGAAGCACGCGGGACUACAUUUGCACAUCGAUACCGCAGCGCCAAUGGACAGUGAGAAUGGACCAACGGUAUCGCCUUUGCCAGACUCUGAGUCGUCUCCCAAGGAAGUGAACAAAGAGCAUCUUGCCGCGGAAAAGGUAGCUUCUGGCGCGGAGAUUCCGGAUCACGGCGCAGACAAAGCAGAAAGAGUUAAAGGCCUGACUUCACCUUCACAUUUGACAACGGGUACGUCGGAUCAGGUCACUACUUGGAUCGAGUUUCCCAGCAGACCGCCGACCGAGCCUACUUCACCCACUCACUCCUCAGUCGACGUGCACGCAUUGUCUCCUGGUCUUCCCAUCGAGCUUCUUGCCGGGUCGCUAGCAGAACUGCCAGCUGAGCGCCACCACGAGACUACGCCGCCUUCGUCAGAACCUGGAACAUCAGUAUCUGAGCGCUCAGCAUUCAAGAUCGAUACUGCGCCGAUUCGAGAAGCCAGCCGAGAAAUAAUUGAGUCACCACUAUUGUCUACACCAUCGACCGAUCGCCCUUACACGCCACGGCAAACAUAUUCGCCAAGCUCUGACUACGGUCCCGGAAUUCCACAUGUACCGGUAUCUCCACUGACAACGGCAGAAGCAUCAGUAAGACUUUCGACCUACCGGGACAGUGUACGGGACAGUAUGGCAUCCAUCGCGCUUUCCGAAUCGAGUUUGGAUUACGAUCAUCUGUCUCCCGAGGCAGUAGAGGAGGCUUUGUCGACACCUCGUAAUAUGUGGGGAGAGGAUAUGCGGCCAACCCUGGUAAGGCAGGGUACACUUUUCGAUGCCACCAAAGACCAGGCAUCACCCGUCGACCCCGAAAGCAACGUCUGGAACGAGGAGAGCACAAGUAGAGGUUUGCAGGCGCCGGUCAUCACGGUUGGCAAGCGGACCAGCAGUUUGUUCGCACCCAAGCGAAGAUCCGACACUUCUGGAGAGGAUCUUGAGCUGGAUUGGCAACAGCUAGACAAAGAAGAGCAAUUGGAGAAAGGCGAGCGGGAGACUGAAGAUGGCGCAGAGGACGAAAGUACUGCGUUUCUGCUUGCUCGGUUGGAGCAGGAGAACGCAAAGAUUGAGUCCUUCUCGAGCUCGACGAGUUCCGUUGGUAGCCACGCGGCGGUAUCGAGGCUUCGGAAAGACAGUAAACCACCUAGUAUGGGUCACCUGAAGAAGCUUGUACAAGACCGCAGUGCGCCUUCGGUACGAUAUAGCCUUGCUCUGACACCAGGUGCAGAGAUUUCGGAAGAAGUACCGGAACCGCCGCCAAUGACUGAACUGGAAUUCUGGGCUGCUCUUGUACAGGACUAUCCUUCCACCGCUGCAAGAUUACCGACUCUGGCGACAACAAAGAUUCGGGGUGGUAUUCCACCGCCCCUGCGUGGGGUGGUUUGGCAGUCUAUGGCUGGUGCUCGUGAUCGGAGUCUGGAGGACUCUUUCGAGAAGCUACAGCACGAGUCUUCUCCUUACGAGGGAAUCAUUAAUAAGGAUGUUGGGAGGUCUUUCCCAGGCGUCGAGCUGUUUCGCGAUGCUGAGGGCGAAGGGCAGAAGAUGCUUGGGCGUGUGCUGAAGUGUUUCUCGUUACACGACAAGGACAUCGGUUACUGCCAAGGCUUGGGUUUCCUGGUUGGCCCACUUCUUAUGAACAUGGGCGAGCGUGAGGCCUUCUGUGUUCUGGUCAGACUGAUGGAGCACUACACGCUUCGCCCAUCGUUCUUGCCCAGCCUCAGUGGACUGCACAUGCGCAUCUUCCAAUUCAGCAGCCUGCUAAAGCAACACCAUUCCGCGCUUUCCGAGCAUUUGACAAAUAUGGGUGUAGAGCCGGCGUAUCUGAGCCAGUGGUUUCUGAGCUGCUUCGCUGUCACUUGUCCCCUACCCAUGCUUUUCAGGAUCUACGAUGUCAUUUUCGCAGAAGGCGCAAACGAAACAGUCAUGAGGGUCGCUCUUGCUUUGAUGAGGAGGAAUGAGCAGCGCAUGAUGGAGAGCACCGAGUUCGAGGAGGUCAUGCAAUUGUUGCUCGGACGUGGUAUAUGGGACUGCUACGGGAUCGACGCCGAUGCCCUGGUAGACGAUUUCACUUCCUUGGGUGGAAUCAUCACGCAUGCCAGACUUGCAGAACUCGAGCGCGAGUUUGAGAAGCAUGAUUCUGAUGCUGUUGGGCAGUCGGCUGGUUUCUUGCCGGAUGUGCAGGCUGCUGCAAGCAGGUUCUUAGGACGUCUCUGGGCACCUAGCCACUCCAGCGCUAAGAGCACUAGCACACUCUCGCCUUCGACUGCCGAGAACGAAGCAGGAGGUAAGAAGAAAUCCGCUGGUUUCUUGCGAAGGAGUGCCAGCAAGCAGAGCAUCAGCACUCUUAACGAGUCUUCCGGCAGCGAAUCGUCUUCCAAUUCAGCCAGUACCUCAGCUACAGACCCGGAGAUCAACGACUCAGUAUCCGCCAUGCGCGAAAGCCAAGCAACAGAUGCGAUGUCCUUCAAGUCCAAAGCAGACUCUUUGAGAACUGUAUCCUUUAGCACUCCCGGUAUGAGUAAGGAGGAAAAGGAUAUGCAUGGUCAGAUCGAGGACCUGCUGACGGCAUUGGGAGAAAUGCAGAGAGAGCAGCAGGUUCUAGCUGGUAUGUUGCAGAGGGAGAGGGAGGAGCGGGGUGAAGACCAGAUAGUUGUUCGGAGGCUUGUCAAGAGGUUGAGGAAGAAUGACGAUAGGAGUGAGGCGGAUGCAGCCGGCGAUAAGGAUGUAGAGAAGGAACAGAGGCGACGAACCAUGCCUCCACCUGCUCGAAUCGAAGAGGUCGAUGGCGGGACAGUGACGAAGCAGAGACCUACAAGUGUGCUACUUGCGCCUAAGAAGCCCGUGGACGAAGAGACUCUCGACGACCUUGUCGAGACUGUGCACGAUCGCUUGGACACACCUACACGCUUCUCUCAUUCUUUUGAGACCAAAGCACAAUUACGGUCCAGUUUGACACGAACGUGCGAGCAGCUGGCUGUGGCUGAGACCAGCUCUCGCGACCUCGCCACUCGAUUGGAUGGUGCUGAGACUAGUCUCGCAGCCUUCACGACCGAGUCUGAAGACCUUCGAAGUGAGGUCAAGGAGUUGAGAGUCAGAGUCAACGAGGAGUUCAAGGCAAGGCAAAAGCUUGAGCAUACUAUCAGUAAUCUCAGAGCUGAAGCGAGGUCGAUUGAGCGCAAAGAACGAGAAAGGGUGGCUAGAGCAGAGAGCGGGCAGGACGCUCCAGCUACAGGCUCGAAGAGAGAUAGCAUGGCUCUUGCGGGUCCAGGCGGACUGAAACGCACCGAGAGCUUCAAUGGCGUUGCAACAGGCGAUCGUGCUAGUGGGCUCAGAGAGCUGAGACUUGUGCGACGAGAGUCCACGUCAAGCAUUCACAGCCUGCGCGCUCCACGAGCACCGCGACCCACUCUACCAGAGAUCAGCAUUCAGACACAGUCACCAGUUGAUCUGGCCGCCAGUCCACCUCACUCAGCAACGGAAGACACUGGCUCGCCUCUACGUCCGAUGAGCAUCGUGCAGGACCCGCUCACCCCAAUAUCUGCCCCUACACCGACCACACAACUACUAGAAACACCCCUCUCUGCUGCUACACUAACCUUAGGCACUGGUCUCGCAGUCCCACAGCCCACAGCUAUGUGGCAUGCCCGCACCUCUUCCCUCGCCACCCGCGAGGUCUUCAGUACACCCGAGCACUCCGCCGUCCCUGAAGAGGCACUCCUACUUGAACUCGUGAACGCCAAGACCAGCGAAGCUACUUCUCGCGCCGAAGCAGAGGAGUCGCGCCGCGCUCUUACGCUUUCGAAUAGACGGCAUGAGCAAAUGCUAGCAGCACUACAAGGACAGAUCGAGGCGGCUAACGCUUCAGCAAAUGCUGCACGACUUGAGGCUACAGCCGCUAGAGCUGCAGCGGACGGGUACAAACUUGAGGCUGAGGCUGCGCAAGCCGCCAUUGCGGCGGGAAGCGGUGGCUACAGUGGUUUGAGUGUGCCGAAUACGCCAGCGACUUAUGAUGGCGAUACUCGCAGCUUCGGCUCGACUAGCGAAACGGUCACUCCUGUUGAGAAGGGUCCGGAGGUGCCACCAAAGGAGAAGGCAGUAGUUGCUGGAAGUGCUAGCAGCGGUGGAGGCUGGUUCUGGAAUCGGCGUUCGCCAUCGACUACCAUCAAGGUUGCGGUCACGCCACCUGCUGUUGAGUAG